UCUUAUUUGUAGUGGUAAAUUCUUGUCAAGAGUUUUGGAAACGUUGGGAAAAAGUUUCUUGUCCAUCAUACAAAAACUGCCAAUAUUCAAAGAAAUCAUUUAUUCGAAUAUACCCCUCAUUUUUAUUUAUCGGUUGCCGGAACGAAACGAUUGACUCUCGUUUCACGCAAUGUUUGGACGUUAAUAUAACUGUAAAAUCAAUAACAUUUUCUAAUUGUUAUUUGUCGGGAAUCGAUUUAGGAAAUUUCACGUUCGGGCACGAAAUCGAAAGCAUCGAAAUAAUGCCUUCAGUAUACUCGCACAGAAGAAACUUCGACAGCGCUUCAUUUAGUAAUAUGUCGUCUCUGAAAUCUGUCGAAAUUCAUCGUGUGUGGACUUCCGAAUUGUUUAAUAUGACUUUCCGCAAUGUUUCUUCUCUGACUUCUUUGAUAAUUGAUAUGUAUAAUUUUACUUUAUUUCCGAAUAAACCUUUCCGAGAUUUAAUUAAUCUUACCGAAUUACAUAUCAUGAUGGGAGAGUUAAAAUUUUUACCAGCGGAUCUAUUUUACAAUCUUCAAAAUUUGAGAAGUUUGUUCUUAGAUAGCAAUGAAAUCGAAUUGAUUCAUUCGCACGCCUUUAGAAAUCUCACUCGACUGGAACAUUUAUCUUUAACAAUGAAUAAAAUUAAAAAUUUACAUAGUGACACGUUGAAAGGACUCUCUAACUUAAAUACAUUUUUUAUUAAUUAUAAUUAUCGAUUAUCGGUAAUUCCCGCCGGAUUAUUCAAAGGACUGCGCAACUUGACGGAAUUUCAAGCAACGGGUUGUUCCAUUUCCGAACUCGAAGACGACGUAUUUUCUGACUUAAUUAAUUUAGAGUCCAUUUCUUUAGAUUCGAACGAAAUUGAAUAUCUCCCGCCAAAUCUUCUGAAAAAUAACAAACUGCUGACACGAUUUUCAUGUUCGGAAAAUAAAAUAUCGACACUUCCGACAGGAAUUUUUCACGGACUUUCUGAACUGCGAUCGUUAACGUUGCAAAAAAACCGUUUACAAAAUCUUCCCGAAAAUGUUUUCCAGAAUUUGUCGUCAUUGCAAAGUCUCGAUUUAUCAAUAAAUCGCCUAACUUUUUUGCACGAAAAUAUAUUCCUCCCAUUGACUAAUUUAACGCGUCUCGAUCUGUCUUACAACAAUUUAACUAAAAUUAUGGGUGAGCGUCCUUUUGGCAGCAGCAAGCAUCUAACUGACGUCUUUUUAAAUAAUGCGGGUUUGACACAAUGGCCGAUAAUAAAUUGGGCACAAUACAACUUAACUAGAGUCGAUUUCUCAAAUAAUCGUUUCGAAACCGUCAAAUUACCAAUUUACACACCAAAUCGCGUGAAAAUUUACCUAUCAGAUUGUAAAAUCAGAACAAUUUACAUCGAUGACAGGAAAUAUGGAUAUCAAAUGCCGUCUUAUGAUUUAAGUAAUAACGAAAUUACUUGCGAUCACAAACUGCAGCAAUUCGUUUUUGCCCUUAAAUCAAAUAUGGAAGUGGCAAAACGAAUAUUUCCAGAUAUAGAGAAGACGAAAUGUUACGGAGAAGAAAGAAAUUUGCUGGAUAAUACAUCGCUCGUAGUGAUAGGAAAUUAUUGUCCGAUGAAUUGCGAAUGUUCAUUCGAACAAAAUCACGUGAUAGUCAAUUGUUCCGGAAAGGGAAUUGAUAGAAUUCCCAAUGUUCUCGUCCCGAAUGCGACGUUUGUCGAUUUGAGUAAUAAUUACAUAAACGUCUUGUCAGAUGGCGAUUGUGUGAUGUGGAGAAACGUCAUCCAUCUACGUCUGAGUAAUAAUUCGAUAAGUAAUAUUUGGGAUUGCGUCCUUUUGCCAAACAUCAAAUGGCUCUGGUUGGACGGAAACCGGUUAACCGAAUUAUCUUACGGAUUAAUGAACUUGAUCGACGCUUCUACAGAAUUUAAGAUUUACUUGUCCAGAAACAAUUGGAAUUGCCAUUGCCAUUCGCUUUUUACGAAGGACUGGUUAAUUAGAAACCGGCAGAAAAUUGCAGAUUUCUCCGAUGUUAACUGCAGAAGAAAUUCUUCUUCUGUGUCUUUCAUCGAAAUUGUUUCCAAUGACGAAUGCACAGAAGUUCCAAAAAUAAAUUUGACAUCUUCAGUAAAUCACUCUUCUUCGAACGAAGAUUGUUUCCGUGAAGUUAGUUCAGUUUUUGAAUGGAAAAUCGCAGUGGCCGUUCUUGCUUUUCUACUGUUAUUCAGUUGGAUUAUUCUUGCUUACUUUGUUUAUUGUCGCAAAAAACGAAACGUCGACGAAGUGGCAAAGCCCAAGGAAGAAGAAGUGAUUUAUUAUAAUGUUCACACCUGACAAAUUCUGUAAUUCGGAUAAUUAAAAUGCCCCGAGUUCCAUCGCUUUGAUGAAUAAUUGCUCAUAAAUUGCUAUUAUUUUUUGUUUGCUUCUAUCGAAAUUAUUUU